GGCGCAUCUCUUGUAAACACAGCGGCUCUCGCGAGAGUUCCUCGCGCCGCGCAGCACACGCAGGAGCGAGCGUCUAUGGAGCAGUGAAGCAGGCGGGAGACCGAGCAACCGACCCCGGCGCGGACUGGAGCAGGAGACGCGGGGUGAGAGAGGGUAACCUGCCUGUGACGUCGCUGCUGUGGUGUGUCUGAGCAGCGGCUUCCGUGGCGUGCUUCUCCGAUUAUCCCGUCCAUCCAUGCUUCAUUAGAGCCUGUAAGGAGGACGCGCACAUACUCAGGGAGGCGAGGGAAGCCCAUUGGUCUCCCAACCGACGCCAGCGCCAGGCUGAGUCACUGUCGAGGAGUGGGAAGAUCUAAAGAGAGAGGGAGACAACAUCACGGAGAAAGCGCGCGAGAGAAAAGCAGCGGAAGGAGGGGAAAACUGCUACACAACGCCUUUGAGAGCGAAGCAAGAGAGAGAGAGAGGCAGCCAGCGAGAACUACAGAAAGAGAGAGACGGAGCGCAGCAGUGAGGGAGGGAGAGAGACGCUGAGGCUGGGAGAGCUGACCCCCUCCCCUCUCCUCUCCCCCCCCCCCACUCACUCCUUCAGGAGCUGGUGUGUAGGAGCGGCGAGUGCAGUGUGACUGAGGCAACAUGAGCGAUGUCACCAUCGUUAAGGAAGGCUGGGUCCAGAAGAGAGGAGAAUAUAUCAAGAAUUGGAGACCUCGCUACUUCCUGCUAAAAACUGAUGGGUCCUUCAUCGGAUACAAGGAGAAGCCACAGGAUGCAGAUCUUCCCUACCCUCUCAAUAACUUCUCUGUUGCAAAAUGCCAGCUGAUGAAAACUGAACGACCAAAGCCGAACACUUUUAUUAUUAGAUGUCUACAAUGGACCACAGUCAUAGAGAGGACCUUCCAUGUGGACACUCUAGAAGAGAGGGAUGAGUGGGCAGAGGCAAUCCAGAUGGUGGCAGAUAAACUCCAAAGACAGGAAGAGGAACGUAUCCAGUGUAGUCCCACCUCACAGAUAGACAACAUGGGAGAGGAGGAGAUGGACACAUCUAUCAGCCAUCACAAACGCAAGACAAUGAAUGACUUUGACUACUUAAAAUUAUUGGGAAAAGGCACUUUUGGAAAAGUCAUUCUCGUACGGGAGAAGGCCAGCGGGAAAUAUUAUGCAAUGAAAAUUUUAAAGAAGGAGGUUAUUAUAGCCAAGGACGAAGUGGCCCACACGCUUACAGAAAGCAGAGUACUAAAAAACACGAGACAUCCUUUUUUAACCUCUUUGAAGUACUCAUUCCAAACAAAAGACCGCCUAUGCUUCGUGAUGGAGUAUGUCAAUGGAGGAGAGCUGUUUUUCCAUUUGUCGAGAGAACGGGUGUUCUCCGAGGACCGCACGCGCUUCUACGGCGCCGAGAUCGUUUCCGCCCUCGACUACCUGCACUCUGCCAAGAUUGUGUACCGGGAUCUCAAGCUGGAGAACUUAAUGCUUGAUAAAGACGGUCACAUCAAAAUCACAGACUUUGGCCUCUGCAAGGAAGGAAUCACUGAUGCUGCUACCAUGAAGACCUUCUGUGGGACGCCAGAGUAUCUGGCACCAGAGGUGCUGGAGGACAAUGAUUACGGCCGUGCGGUGGACUGGUGGGGUCUUGGUGUGGUCAUGUAUGAGAUGAUGUGUGGCCGACUGCCUUUCUACAAUCAGGACCAUGAGAAGCUUUUUGAGCUCAUCCUAAUGGAGGACAUCAAGUUCCCCAGGACGCUCUCUGCUGAUGCCAAGUCCUUACUGUCAGGCCUGCUCAUCAAAGAUCCCAAUAAAAGACUUGGUGGAGGUCCGGAUGAUGCUAAAGAAAUUAUGAGGCAUAGUUUCUUUGCUGGAGUUGACUGGCAGGAUGUCUAUGAUAAAAAGCUGAUACCUCCCUUCAAGCCUCAGGUGUCGUCAGAGACAGAUACCAGAUAUUUCGACGAAGAGUUCACAGCUCAGACGAUUACAAUAACCCCUCCUGAAAAAUUCGAUGAAGAUGGGAUGGAUUGCAUGGACAACGAGCGACGGCCACACUUCCCCCAGUUCUCCUACUCCGCCAGCGGGAGAGAGUGACACUGCCUCAUCCUCAUCAAGGUUACCACUGGAACAAAUUAGGUCUUCAGCUUCUAACAGCCCCGGCCCAUUUGACCCUUCAUCGUCCAUCUUGGUUCUUUCAUUUGUUUAGCUAGACCAAGGGAAACUUCUGAUUUAGGGUGAUGGGAAUUUGCACGUUGGGUCGGAUCGAGGUCCAGCCCACUCAAACCUCUUCACAGCUCCAGCCCAAAGGUUGGGUCAGGAUGGGAGAACUUUUACUGUUCGUCUUCAUUGUGUUUCUCUCUUUGAUUUGAGAUGUUGCUCCACAUUCCUUAUUCAGUGGGAACUAGUAUCAAGGACAAUGAUAAAUACACAUAACUGCAUGGCUAGUGAUUCACAUGGGUUUUGCGAUUCUGGGUUCAGGUAGUAGAACUACUCAAAACCGCCCCAGUGUCAGCUGCUUCGGUUGUUACUGUUUUUAAGGUUCACCUUCUGUCAAAACUGCCAUAAACGGUUUACUAAGGCUUCACAGAGGACGUCUGUGUUCAGGACUAGCUUUACCCCUCAGCGAUCCACAACUCAGUAUUCCUCCGUGCAAAGCCCUGUGAACCUGACCUAUGCAGCGCUAAACUCUCACUAAAACUAGCCAGUAGAAAUACUCACUCAAUUCACCGAAGGCUUUAUUUCUUACAUAUCGUUCCCUGGGAAAAAUGGCGCGUUUGACUGAUGUGGAGUGUUUUAUGCAGUGAUACACAACUGUGAUGUACAGUUGAUGAUCAGUUUAAAUUCCCCCAAAGCCCAAACUGUUUUUGAACAGUUGUGAGAAAGCCUUUCCACUCAACGCUCAAUAGUGCAAUCAUAGUGUAACAACAACAACAACAACAAAAAAGCCAGCAUUAAUUGAACGAAUGACGGGAAGCACUUUUUUAUUUGAUUCGAAAAUGUGAUUGAGAAAAUGUAUUUAAGCGAAUUUAUUUUCUUUUUGUUUGUUUGUCCUUGCGUUUAUUAAGAGUGCUUUCUGAGUCUCUCUUUUUUUAUUGAAUAAAUGCACCUAAAAAGGCUUACGAAUGUAUGAUGGGUCCCUGCAAAGGCCUUAAUUUGUUUUUAUUUAUUUUCUUUUUACUGUAUGUCACUGUAGUGUUGUUCUCGUUUUUUUUCUUCCUCAAUAUUGUGAGCAGUCUGAGUGCUGCUGAAAUGUGUUGCUUGUCUUUCCACCAAUGAAAGGGCUGUAAAAGACCGUACUGAUUCGUUCAGACGGGUCACUGUAUGUUAAGAGAGCAGGACACUGUGCUUUGCUUGACCUUUUAAUGAGCAUUUAAAUAAGACAGCAGAUUCUCGUUGUCGUUUCGAGGCAUUAAAUCAUUUUGCUUGAGAAGUAAAAUGCUAUUUUCAAACACUUUUGAGUGCUAUUGUGCUUCGCUACAUCGAAUAUCAUGUUCACGUUCCUUCCUAAAAUACGCCAAUCAGAUAUUAGCAUAAAAAUCCUUUGAUAAACAUUGACAUACUAGGAUGUCUUUAUGAAUCAUGAGCAAAAAAAUGUUUCUUGUGGUUACAGACUGAGGGUUUACUUGGAUGAAGUUUGAUGGGAUAGUUGAGAAAACCUGGUGAGUUGAACUGGACUGUGUUUUUUAAAUGGGAUCAAAGAGAAAUAUCUGAAUAAUUGAGUAAUAAUUUGACAUAUGCAGUACAUUUCCUGAUAGUGUUUGGCAAUAAAACCUGCUGUUUGUCUGUGGUGUCUGCUUUGAGUGUAAAGAUGGCUCUUGUGCAUGCUUUUGUUGUCCAUUUAAUAUGAGCAGGAAAGGCAAAAUCUUUCAUUUGUAUUUGACUUGGCACUUUUUUAAGAAAUUUGGCCCGAGGUUUGAGGUUGGGAUGAGAAUAUGGGACAUUAGUGGAGAGGGAAGUGAUAUAAGAGGAAGGAGCGAGUCUGGAUGGUGUGUAUUUGUGACCCUGGACCACAAAAUCAGCCUUAAGUGUCGAAAUUGAGAUUUAUACAGCAUCUGGAAGCUGAAUAAAUAAGCUUUCCAUUGAUGUAUGGUUUAUUAGGAUUUGACAAUAUUUGGUUGUGAUGCAACUAUUUGAAAAUCUGGAAUCGGAGGGUGCAAAAAAAUCAUCUUUGAAUUUGUCCAAAUGAAUUUGUCCAAAUGAAUUCUUAGAAAUGCAUAUUACUAAUCAAAAAUUAAGUUUGGAUAUAUUUACAGUAGGAAAUUUACUAAAUAUAUUAAUGGAACAUGAUCUUUACUUAAUAUCCUAAUGAUUUUUGGCAUAAAAGAAAAAUCGAUCAUUUUGACCCAUACAAUGUUUUUUUUUAGCUAUUGCUAAAAAUAUACCCCAUCGACUUAAGACUGGUUUUGUGGUCCAGGGUCACAUAUGAAAUGUGACGCAGAACAAGGUCUGUUAGAGUGGGACGUCUGAACUGGGAUUUCUUGCAUGUUUGUUAAAGACUGACAUGGAUUUGAUGACGGCUGGUUAAGGAUGAUUCAGAAAGUUUUCUGUCCACCUCCCUCAUGCCAAACUGAGCUUUCUGCCGAAAUGCCUGCGUUGAUUGUGAGCAUUGUGAAGUGUCCAAUGGUGUAAUGUGAGAUGCUGUAGCAUGGUACUGUUGCUCUGUUGCCAGAUUUGAUUUCAGUCGAGCUUGAGGAUCUUCUCGCAUUCAAACUAUGUCCAACCCAAUCAUGUUUUCUGACAGCACAGCCGUGGUACUGCGGGAAGAUUCGCUGUUUGUGUCAUUCUCUGUCUUCCAACUUGCACGUUUUCUUUUAGAUCUUUCCUCGUCUUUUUUCCCCAUUCCUUUUUCUUGUUUUAUUUAUUUAUUGCUUUUGAGAGAAAGCGAGACAAAAGUUCAAGAAUAACCUGAUUUAAUUUAAUGGGCUUACACUGCUGACUCUUCUGUUUUUUCGGUGUUCGAUUUUGUGUGUUUUAUUACUUUUUUAUUUAUCAGUAAAAAUUUGAAUAUUUUACAAUUAUUUGUGUCUUGUUUUACAUUUUCUGGUUAGGUAACAUUUACAAGUUCAAUUUAUAUUGACUAGGGAGAUGGGAGCACUUGUUUUGUAUUGUUUUUUUGCUGCUUUGUUUUUGCUUUUUAACUUCAGAUUUGUGAUUAUACGUAGGAUUAUUCAAUCAUACUGUGAUGCUGUUCAUCCAUUUCAUUAAUUUUAAUAUGCACUUGUGAGGGACCAAAGUGUUUUCCUCAAGACGUGGAGAGGCAGAGAACGGUGAUGUUCAUUGGGGCAGUACCUUACAUGUGAUGAUAGUUUAUUUAAACAGCAGAAGGGCCUUUGGCUUUGGCCAAAUCAAUCAUACACCUUUGUAACUCCAUAUUUUAACACUUGGCUUUGUAUCUACCUGUAGUAGCACUUACAUACCCAUUUCUUUUUUUUUUUAUGUAGCGCAGACGGGUCCCUUCUUAAGGAGAAAAAAAAGAAUAAAGGAAAAUAAAACAAGGAAAAAUAAAAAACUUGAAAGCACACAUUUGGCCCUCAUGGACCUCAUGCUACUUUACUUUCCUGACUGAUUGUGCUCUGUAGUAUGUAACAGUGUGGAUGCGGAUAGACCUGAAAUGCUGCCAGGAAACACAAGCUUUGCCUGGUGACACAGACAGACUAACAUUUCCCAAGAUCCCCCUAAUGCUCCAGUGUUGUAGAAAAGUCAAGCUGUACUGUUGUCACCACUUCAGAGUUUCAGAGGACAAUAAAAACACACGUAAGCCCAACCUAAAGUCAUUAUUCCCUGAAUACUGAACUAGUGUGAGGAAGGGACCCACGGGCUCCAUCCCUCCUAAGCGCACAUCUGUGUGCACACUGCUGCUACUGUUUGUACGGUCUACAACAGACUUUCUCUAUAUCGCGCUCCUGGUAGUGUAUUAUGAAUGAGCAUGAAUUGUAAAGUAUUUAUUUAAAAAAAAAAAAAAAAAAAAAAGACAAAUCUUAAAAAAAUAAAAUAAAAAAAAAAACCUUUUAUGUCCAUGUAGCUUUAGAGUUUGUGACAUUUCUUGACCUUGCUAGCUCUGUCAUUAGAUCCAUGUUAAGAACUAGUCAUGAGGUUAAGAUUUUUACAUGGAAGGGAUUAACAGAAAAAAUAAAAAAUAAAUAAAUAACUGUAUUACCAUUCAGCAUAUUAAAAAACAACAACAAAAACAAAGUUUAUUUCCUUGAAUACAGUAUAGGGGCCCACGCGGAUGCGGAAAGCUCGUCUGCAAGAAACUGUUUUUGUACACUGUACAUCCUAGUAUUUUUACACAUAAAUGUAUAUGAUAGGGAUGCACAUUAUUUUCCUUCUUACAGACAGCUUAAAUAAAGCACUAUGUCAAUCUGC